AAUUAAUUAUAUAUUAAAAAAAAACUAAACUUUGCGAGUUGCAGAUUGAAUAGUCAACACCCAGCAAGGAAAAAGCUUCCCUUUUCCCUCCUCUGAAUCUCCAUUUCUGAGAGAAAAGCAAACGACGAUUACGCUGUCGGAACAACUCCAACUCUAAGAAAACGACUUGAGAUCGGAGCAGAGAGUUAAUCAGUUGGUGGGUUAUAUAGCUCUAUUCUGGCGGAGUUUGAUGGCAGAGAAACGAGACUCUUCCGCAUCAACGACGGCUUUGCCUCGGCCUACAACCAUCACCCUUCCUCCUAGGCCGUCGAUGGAUACUUUCUUCUCCGGCGGGCUCAGCCCGGGGCCCAUGACUUUGGUCUCAAGUUUCUUCAACGACAGUUACCAGGGUGGUGGAGAAGAUUGCCGGUCCUUCUCCCAGCUUCUCGCGGGAGCUAUGGCUUCUCCGCUUGCUAGGCCUCCCUUUUACCCUGACUUUUCUCCCCAAAACCCUCCUUCCACAGCCGCCGGCGGUGGCUUGUCUUCUACACAAGAUGCUGCUGCUGCGGCUGGAAGUGGUGGGUUUGGGUUCAAGCAGAGCAGGCCUAUGAAUUUAAUGGUUCCUCGGUCUCCUCUAUUUACGGUUCCACCUGGGUUGAGCCCUUCUGGGUUGCUUAAUUCGCCUGGGUUCUUCCCUCAGAGUCCCUUUGGGAUGUCACACCAACAAGCUUUGGCACAGGUGACAGCACAAGCUGCACUCGCUGCUCAAUCUCAGCAUAUGCACAUUCAAGCCCAAUAUCAACCUUAUUCAGGGACUGCUCCAUUGGAAGUAGCGCCAAUGCAACCAUCUUAUACUGCUGCUGCUAAGCAUUCACAGUGGCAGAUGCCACCCACAACUUCUAACCCUCAACCUACUGUGGUGGAGCCAUCUUCUGAGGUUUCUCAUUCGGAUAGGAAAUCGCAGACAACGCCUCCUCCUCCUCCUCCUGCUGCUGCUGCUGCUGCUGCUGCUGAUAAACCUGGUGAUGAUGGCUAUAAUUGGAGAAAAUAUGGGCACAAGCCAAUUAAGGGCAGUGAAUUUCCGAGGAGCUACUACAAAUGCACACACCCAAGCUGCCCUGUCAAGAAGAAAGUAGAGCGUUCCAGAGAAGGCCAGAUAACUGAAAUCAUCUAUAAAGGCCAACAUAACCAUGAGCUUCCUCAAACGAAUAAGCGUGCCAGGGGCGACAACAGUGUUCAAAAUGUGGCCGUCAGUUCGCAGGCUAAAAGUGAACCUGUUACACAAGCUCAGCUUGGUGAUAUUAAUAAACUUGAUCAAAGAGCACCGCCUUAUUCAGGUGAUGGUAGGGAUAAGGAAUCCAGUCAAAUGAACUUUGCAGACCAACCUGAACCUAGUGGCCGUGGGGAACUUGCUGGCGAUCCAAUUGCAGCUGAACAAGAUUGUGCUGAUGAUGCACCUAAUCCAAAGAGAAGGCAAAUGGACGUGGGAACAUCCGAGGUAGCUUUAUCUCACAAAACAGUGACAGAGGCAAAAAUCAUUGUUCAGACAAGAAGUGAAGUUGAUCUUUUAGAUGAUGGCUUCAGGUGGCGCAAGUAUGGCCAGAAAGUUGUGAAAGGGAACCCUCAUCCUAGGAGCUACUACAAAUGCACGAGCGCAGGAUGCAAUGUUCGUAAGCACGUGGAGAGAGCUGCAGCCGACCCCAAGGCCGUUAUAACUACGUACGAGGGGAAGCACAAUCACGACGUCCCUGCAGGAAGAAACAGUGGCGCUAAUACAGCUGCACAAUCGAGGCUUCAAAGCACGGCAGUUUCUCAACCGCAGCAGCAGCCUGCACCCGUUGAAGGUAUGAACUUUGGAAACAACAAUAACGAGGAGCAAAGACCAGUGCUUCUUAGGCUCAAAGAAGAGGAAGUUGCCGUAUAAGGUGAGACGAGACUUGUGCCCAAUACACAGUGCAGAAAGAACACGCAUGUGAAAAACUUGAUGGAUGAUUUCAAAGCUUAGUCGAACAUUUUGUGCUCUUUCCUUUGUUUAUACGAUUUUUUGGGUUCCACUCCCCUCUCUAGGUAGAGGGUGUGCUUAUUAUAUUACUUUUAAUUUUAUGUAUUGUCCCCCCCUGCAAAUAUGUAUGGUGUAUGAUCUCUGUAUAGAACAUGACAAUACGCUUGGCAAAACAGAACAGGAAAGACAACUGGUUCAUUGAAUUUGCAGCUACUGGAUUGAUUGAAAUGGUGAUUUAUUUAUUUUUGUUGUUGC